UGUUGGCGGCAUCGCCGGCGUCUACUGCCCAGACGUUUUCUCUCAUCAUGGCAGCAAGAUUCGUUUCAACAGUGUGGGCUGGACAACGCAGAGCGACGGGGUCCUUCAAUCUCGUAUCCUGUAUCGGGCGAUGCGGGCAUGGUAAGCGAGCUCACGACAAAGUUUCGACAGCUCUGGAUUCUGAAGAAUGUGUUCAAUGUUGAGUUCCAUCGGAAAGCGCGCGAGAGAGCCCUGCCCAAGUCUGGUUACCAGUCACCGACGGGCUCCCCCCAGCAUGACAUGUCGUUAACAGGAGGUUAUUGCGAGGGUUCCUUGGAGAAGGGCACAAAAGCCCACACAAGCGAUUCGCCGUUGACCAACGAAGGCCGGUAG